AUGGAUAGAACCUCGAUCAUUCCAACCCCUGAUCUUCACCCGGAUGAACAUGCAAGCUCAUCGUCAUUCGAAAACCCUCAACAGGCGAAGAGAGCUUCUCUCCCUCCACGUCCCAAUGUCACUGCUCGUCACACAAAACGGCUCACCUUAAACUUCCCCAUUACUGUUUCUACCUGCAUUGCAUCUCAUCCCACCUCUAGCCAAAAUUCGCCUGCCUCGAGUAUCAUGAGCUCAGCAACACAACCAUCCCUCAUCUCAUCACCUGAUCAUUCCAUUGCGUCCAGCCAAACCGAUGCAAACAGCAGCAACUAUGACUUUCUCACUGUCUUGGCCGCUCAAGAACGGAAAGUGCUGGAGCUGAGAGAAGAACUACAAAAAGCAGAGGCAGAAUUGGUUUCACUCAAAUGCCAGUGGUCUCUGGUAGAGAAGGAUAGGAAAAAAGCAGAGAUAAUCCAUCGCACAUAUCUCUUAAAACAACUCAAAUACGCCGAGCAGAGUGUUGUGGAUGGUUCAAAAUUCCCCAAUUCGGACCAAACAACUUUAGUUCCGAACCACGUGAAGACGGGUCGUGAAUUGGAGGGAAGGAAUAGCCAUUGGAACUCACAGUCUUCAUCUUCGGGGCACACCCCCAGCACGACCACAUCCGCGAAAGGCAGAACAGUUUUCCAGGGUUCCAAACACACCAGAACCCUCUCUUUACUUUCAACUAGCACGAAUUCCGAAUUCAAACUCCCAUUUCCUCAGCUGCAAGAUUCGGGGGUUCCGGAACAGUCAACAAUGUCGAGAUCAUCAAGACACCCUAGGUCUGCGACUUUACCAUCCGUCGAGCGCAGCAAUAACAGCAAGCCUGCGAACGAAGGGAACUUUACAGAAGCUAGUGAAGAACAAAAAGUGCAGUGGCGCCGCACUCUGCCACCGAUUGCUCGAGAUGUUACGGCUGACGCCCUUAUGAAAACUGGUCGGCAAAUGGCUGCCGACUUGAGAGAAGGCCUUUGGACAUUUAUUGAGGAUAUUAGACAGGCUGCAGUUGGAGAGGAAGGGAUUAAUGGGACAAGAUCGAGGAUUACAGUCGCCUCCCAGUCUGGGACUCGAGGAACCAAGAUGGGGGGAUCGUUAUCCUCUACAAGAACGGGAAGAUCUACGACUUCACGAGGGGUGGUAGACUCAACUUCCGGUAAUGAUUCAACGUCAAAAGCCCAAGAGAUGUCCUUUUGGAGUGAAUUCGGCAUUUAUAUCCCUGAUCAGACGGCCAAAUGCCCCCAAUACGCCGGAAGCCCCAGCGGUGGCAAGCAGCAGCAUCGUCAACGUCAACAACGACAGGAACAUGAGCAAGAUCCAGAAGACUCGAGCCCUCAGGACGGAGAUGAUAACUGGGAUAUGUGGGAUAGUCCUCAGUUGAAGCCGAAAACGUAUAGUCCAUCAUCCAGCAAUUCAACUUCCAUUUCUAACCGAGAUCGUUCUCCAUCCACGGAUACCAGUAGUCCGCGUACCAGCGUAAGUUUUGCAAGCCAUACAACGUCUCCUAUAACCGAACCUGAGCAGAGCGCAACCAAAUCAGAUGGCAUCCCUUGGCCUGUUCUCAGCAAAUUCCACCCGUCCACUUUUUCCCGCACAGCUUCCCAUUUAAUGGCGGAGUGGGAGCGGAGUCUAAGUUCACCGGAAGAACAGAAACCUCAAAACAGCCCCAGCGGAUCGAAGGAAAAGUAA